AUGACGCUGACGAGCCGUACCGCGCAGGCCGCGCAUGCGCAGAACGAUGUAGCGGCUCAAAGGCCACCGCCGCCCCUUUACCCAAGCAUGAACGUGGGAGCCAGCGCCGUACACCCGCAUCAAAAUCGCCCGUGCCAUGCGUACGACAGUCAACCCGCGUGGCAGAAUCCACAGCUCGGCACCGCGCCUCCCGCGGUGAUAGCUGGCGCCCCCCUUGCUCCUGAGCAGCAGCAACAGCAGACUCACCAGCAGGGCCGCAGCAACCAGCCCCAGAGCAUCUUUGGUGGCCGCUUCACCCUUCUCGAUCGACUCGGUAGCGGCGGGUUUGGCGAAGUUUACCGCGCCGAGGAGUGUGACCAGCUGGUGCCGCUCGCAGUCAAGGUGGAGCGGGUGACCGACACAAAUGCUCUGCCUGAGCAGUCUUUUCUCUUCCAUGAGGCGAAGGUGAUGCAGGAGAUACACAAGUCUAUCCAGGCAUACAUGGCGGCCCAGCAACAGCACCAGUUGCUGCGGCUGCAGCAGGAGAAGGCGCAGAGCGGAAAUGGGCGGCGUGCCAACAACGAGGCUGCCGCGGCAGCCGAUGAGGUGAGGCAGGAGAAGGUAGGGAUUGCGAAGCUGAAGUACUAUGGCCAGGAUGGCAUGAGCCGCGUGCUCAUCAUGUCCCUGCACGGCCAGUCCGUCGCAAACGUCCACCGGCACCAAGGGCGCCUGUCGUUGUUUGCGACGGUGAUGAUCGCAGAUCAGGUGCUCAGGAGUCUCGAACACGUGCACCGCGCCGGGUACGUGCACGCGGACUUGAAGCCAGACAAUAUUCUGCUUGGCCGUGAGGACCCGGAGCAGCUAUACUUGGUGGACUUUGGCCUGAGCGUCCACUUCCGCGACCGCAAGGGCAAGCAUCGUCCUCUCGUCACGAACCACAGCUUUGUUGGCACCCCACGCUACGCAUCACUGCGGACACACAUGGGCCACACCCUGUCCCGCCGCGAUGACAUUGAGCAGCUCGUGUACGUCAUGAUCUAUCUUUUUCGCGGCCGUCUGCCGUGGUCGGGUCUGCGCAUCAGCGACCCGGAUGCGAAGGAGAAGCGCAUUGCGCAGAUGAAGGCGGAGAUGACGCUGGACUCGAUCUGCGCCGGCUGCCCGGAGGCCUUCCGGGACGUACUUAACUACGCUCGGUGCAUGGAGUUUGAAGAGGAGCCACAGUAUCAGUUUCUGCAUGUGCUGCUGUGCUCGCUGCGUGACUCUUGCACGGAGUUGAGCAGCGAUCCGAGCUGCGUGCCCGCGAACGGUUCUGGUGGCGUGAUGCCGCAGAUGCUCACGUUGAAUGUCAACUGUAGUACUCGCCAGCACCCCAAAGACCAAAACGGCGGCGACGCUGCUGCGAACGGUGGUGCUGUGGGUGUGACUGCAGCGGAGGCGGGGCUUGUGCAGAACACGAAUAUCGUGUCUGGCGUCGUCGAACAGAUUGACGGGGUUGCCGAGAACCCGAUGAUGAUGUCUUCACGGGGCACUGGCGCGCCGGCCUUCUUCAGCGAUGCCAUCGGCCAGGGCUUCCUAUCGGGUAACGGUACAGAUGCCGGACCACUAUCGCCGCGCAUCGACUGCCUAAACGGCCAGCCGUUCUCGCCCCCGCCGCUGGAUCUGCAGCGGCCGUGUGGGUCACCGCAGCUGCGGCAGAUGCGUUAA